UAAACAUAUUUUUACAUUGACAAAAGAAGGAAAGAUGCUGUUAAAUUCUGCAAUUCUAUCUGUUUAAACUGCCACUCGAUGACUGUAGGCAAAGGCAAGUGUUUCUUUGAUUCUCUGGUGGCAGAUAACUCGAUACAUAUUCGCCUCACGAUGUCAUCGUCUCUUCUCCCUCUUUCUUUCUCCAUGAACUCUUCUUCUUCAUCCCCCACUCGUCAAGCACUCCGCCAUGCUUCUUCCUUACAAUUACCUGCACCAUCCAACACUCCUUCACACGUCCGAUGGACAAAAGAUGAGCUGCACCAACAACCCAGACCUAAAACAGUUCGAUACCGCCUAAGCCAAUUAUGCCGGGAAGGCCAACCCCAUCUUGCCCGCCAACUGUUCGACGAAAUUCCCAGUCCAACAACCGUGGUUUGGAACGCAAUCAUCAUUGGCUUCAUCUGUAAUAACAUGCCUCAUGAAGCCAUACUCCUCUACUCCCAAAUGAAAUCCAACUCUUUUCUUUCUGAUUCCUACACAUACUCUUCGAUUCUCAAAGCCUGCGCCCAAACUCAAAGUCUUCGGAUAGUUGCUUGUAUGAUGAUGUAA